AAGCCAUGGCCGCUGAAUUUCGACUAGGACCAUACUACUAAGCGAACUAGGUUACGAACUGCGUGGUGUUUGGCUGUGGUUCAAAGUAUUUAUACAAACUGCACGGACAUAACUGAUUAACUGACCAACUUUUAGAAAUAUUUAUUACUAAUCACUAACCCAUCUUAAAUUCAUGAAUUAAAGGUCAAUUAUAGUUUUAGAUUUUGAUUGAUUCUUCUAUGAUUUCCUUUUUAACAUCGAUUUUAUAGCUUCAGUACUGCUCCUCUAUCACACGUCACUGAAAUCAGCAAUUGGAGCUUGGCACUGAUGCCGGAUCUCAAAGAACGUCUCCUCCCACCGAAACCUGCAUCGGCUAUAAAUCUUAGAGAUGCUUCUUAUAGAGCGUCCGCUUCUGGGCGUCAACCUUUUCAAGGAAUGGAUGUUUUGGGUUUGAAGAAACGUGGCCAAGGGCUUCGAUCUUGGAUUCGUGUUGAGUCUUCUGGAAAUUCUCAAGUCAUUGAGGUUGAUAAGUUCACUAUGAUGCGUCGUUGUGAUUUACCGGCUCGUGAUCUUCGUUUGCUUGAUCCUUUGUUUGUUUAUCCUUCUACGAUUCUUGGUAGAGAGAAGGCUAUAGUUGUGAAUUUGGAGCAGAUUCGGUGUAUAAUUACGGCUGAUGAGGUUUUGCUCCUAAAUUCGCUUGAUAGCUAUGUGUUGCAGUAUGUAGUGGAGUUACAACGGCGACUGACAGCACCUGGAGUAAAUGAGGUUUGGCAGUCAGAAGGUCCUGAGUUGAAUAGAAGGAGAAGCAGGAAUUUUGAUAGGAGUUUCGAUAAUGGAUUUGGGAAUCCAUCCCCUGAUUAUUUGCCCUUCGAGUUUAGGGCUCUUGAAGUAGCUUUGGAAGCUGCCUGUACAUUUCUAGAUUCUCAGGCAGCAGAACUAGAGAUUGAAGCAUACCCAUUACUAGAUGAGCUGACUUCAAAGAUCAGUACAUUAAACUUGGAACGUGCGCGGCGGUUGAAAAGUAGACUUGUUGCCUUGACCAGGAGAGUUCAGAAAGUUAGGGACGAGAUAGAGCAGCUCAUGGAUGAUGAUGGAGAUAUGGCUGAAAUGUAUCUCACUGAAAAGAAAGGCCGCAUGGAAUCAUCAUUCUAUGGUGAUCAGUCUUUGCUGGGAUUUAGAUCAAAUGACGGUGGCAUUUCUGUUUCUGCACCGGUAUCUCCUAUUUCAUCACCACCUGACUCCCGGAGGCUUGAGAAAAGCUUGAGUAUUGCAAGGAGCCGGCAUGAUAGCAUGAAGAGCUCAGAAGGUGCUACAGAGAGUAUAGAGCAGCUGGAGAUGUUGCUGGAAGCAUAUUUUGUCGUUAUAGAUAGCACCCUAAACAAGCUAACAUCGUUGAAGGAGUAUAUUGAUGACACAGAGGAUUUCAUCAACAUUCAGUUGGAUAAUGUCCGGAACCAACUGAUCCAAUUUGAGCUUCUACUCACAACAGCGACAUUUGUUGUUGCAAUAUUUGGAGUGGUAGCAGGUAUUUUUGGCAUGAAUUUUUCGAUACCAUUGUUUGACGACCCAGGAGCAUUUAAGUGGGUCCUCAUUAUUACUGGAGUAACUGGAAUUUCCAUAUUUAGCGCAUUCGUAUGGUUCUUCAAGUACAGAAGACUGAUGCCAUUGUAGAUACUUUAGGAAAUGGCAAUUAGACAUGAAUAUAUUUAUUUCAAGCUGCUCUUUAUUAAUUUUUAUACUCUGUAUAUGAAAUUAAAGUUAUAUAAUGGAAAGAUGGCUCGUCAUUGAUUCGAUUCUUCAA